AUGGCCAUAGGGGAUCUCAAGACGAGGUUGAGGGCCAGAUUCACCCGCCGGCAUUCCACGGCGUCGAGUAUUUCGCAGUCCAGCGCGGAAGUCCCUGCUCCGCCGGCCUCUUCCACUAUCGCGACGCUGACUCGGUCCAUCCGGUCGCGCGCGGCGCGGAAGACGCCGUCGGUUACGAGUCUCGGAUCGCGGGUCGACGAGGAGGAAGGGGUGGUGGUGGACAGGGAGCAGAAGGAGAGGCAGAAGGAGAGGCAGAAGGAGAGGCACAAGUACAAAGAGGAGGGAGUUGGAGAUGCACUCGCGGUGGUGAAUAGACCGGACGCGAUUCGGCCUGAGCCAGAGCUUGAGCUUGAGCUUGAGCUUGCAGCUAGAGCAAGGAUCGUGUCUGUCGCCCUGGCCAGCAGUAGCGCCUACGCCGCGCCAAAGUCCACCUCAACCUCGAAUUCUUAUAACAACAACUACAACCACACCCACACCCACGACCAUCGCGAGCUGCUCCAUCUUGGUGACCGCGACCGUGACACCGACCGCAAGCACGACAGCUCCUCGACCGCCGACUUUCCUACCCCUAACACCGACAUCCAUCCUGUGCUGGAAGAGGACGAGGACGAAGACGAGGCCGAGGACGAUGGGAAUCGCAGCCCCGGCGAUAAUAAACGAAGCCAGUUCUACUUCACGACUACGGGCCCGCGUGCGAUAGUUAGUGCCAGUGCCAGUGCCAGUGCAAAUAUGGCAAGCAGGAAGAUCUGGGUCAAGCGCCCUGCCGCGUCAGCCACACUGGUGACCAUCCACGAGGAUGACUUGGUCGACGAUGUGCGCGAUAUGAUCCUGAAGAAAUAUGCCAACUCGCUGGGGAAGAACUUCGAUGCGCCCGAUGUCACGUUGAGGAUUGUAACGAGGGACCAACGCCAGGAGAGGACUCUGGGCCCGGAAGAGCCGAUGGCCAGGACGCUUGAUGCCUACUUUCCCGGAGGCCAGACGGUAGACGAGGCUCUUAUUAUCGAUGUCCCAGUAAAGAGGACGCCGAGACCAAGUCCGCAACCACAGAGGCUAUACUACGAUGAGAUUCGACCUACCGAGGCGGGCUCGGAUUAUUUCCCUCCUAUGCCAGUUGCAGCGGUGCCUUCGCCGCAUCUCCAAGGAAACGGACACCACACUACGCUUGCGACAAACUCCAUGUCAGUCAUCAACACUGGCACAGUUCCGGCACUGCCUUCUCCUGGUACUGCUCAACGGAGGCACCACCGACCCCGACCUCAGAUAGGCCGGCAGACGACCUCCCCAAGCGCCUCGGGGCAGCAACCUGGGGUGAACAACGGUACGCAGUUUUUGAACACUCGAACAACACGUUCGCGCGCUCACUCCAGCGCCUCCGAAAAAUCAAGUGCAGCCCCCGUUGCCCCUCCCAUUCCCACCCCUCCCCCGCCAACACAGCCCAAUGAUCUCGUUUCCCAGAUUCAACGCGUUGCUACACCCCCCCCUCGCGUCUCAUCACCGCUUCCACCGAGCAACAGACUCAAGAAGGCAAAGCGGACAAAGGUGGAGCACCCUAUACUGCCUACGGGCUUGCUCGACACAAGAGUGCCUCCAAUCAACGUCCUGAUUGUUGAAGACAACAUUAUCAAUCUCAAGCUUUUGGAGGCGUUCAUGAAGCGCCUCAAAGUGCGAUGGCAAACAGCCAUGAACGGGCGAGAUGCCGUGCUGAAAUGGCGAGCAGGAGGAUUCCAUCUGGUGUUGAUGGAUAUCCAACUGCCGAUCAUGAGUGGACUGGAAGCUACCAAGGAGAUCAGACGAUUGGAAAGGUUGAAUUCGAUAGGAGUAUUCAGCAGCAGCGCGAGUUCUUCUGCACCUGAGACUGGGGCUGAUGAGCCCGAGGGCGAUGAUAAGCUGCCCAGUACGGUAUUGUUUAAGAGCCCGGUCAUUAUUGUGGCGCUUACGGCAAGUUCGCUGCAGAGUGAUCGUCACGAGGCAUUGACCGCGGGAUGUAAUGAUUUCUUGACAAAGCCAGUCAACUUCGUCUGGCUUGAGCGCAAAGUCAUGGAAUGGGGCUGCAUGCAAGCAUUAAUCGACUUCGACGGGUGGCGCAAGUGGAAGGAUUUCUCCCAGCAAGCUGCCGAUCAAGAUAAAGAGGCGAAGAGCGCAAAGUUAGCUGCGGUUGGCAAGAAGAAGAAGAAGAAGACUAGUUUGGGGAGUAAUGCGGGAGGUCCAGUGGCGACGAGCACAAAUCGCUCGGCGAUUACGGAGGAGGGUGCUGAAAGUAGAGAGUCGUAG